AUGCCGAGUGCGACGCAGGGGUCGACCAGCUCAGGGCGUAGCGGCCAGCGGCUGUAUACGUCCGGAUCGCCGGCCCUCAAAUGGAUCGCCCAACAUGGGCGAAGCAGCUCGACUUCGAUGAGCCCUGCAUCUCUGUCCUCGCCAGAGGUGCGCGACGCUGACACCGAGCCGGCUACACAGAGGACGCACUCAUCGAUGCCGGCGAGGUCGACGCUGCCUGUUCAGCCCUCAUCAGGCCUGGGUCUGUACAUAUCGCCCGAGCAGGAGCGUGCCAACGAGGCCCCUCAUGGCGUGUCCGACGAGCCUAAUGUGAGUGCUGUGCUGAACGAUGUCAUGCAUUGGGACGUGCAUGCACCGCUUCCUGCAUCGAACGGCCGCUCGCCCUUUUCUUCCAAGCGCGAAGAUAUCGUGCAGAGUACGUCCCAUGUGCGGAUCAUUUCAUCGGCGACGCCGGCUCGUCAACAGCCCGUGGAACCCGUACAGGACGAAGCGAUGACCUCGACGCUGUCUAUGGCCGAGGCCCCCACUCAGACGGCCCAACGCUCGAUUCCGAUCGAGCUUUCCGAUUAUGCAAGGCCUUCGCAGGCGGAGACGCCUGCUUCGGAUGGGAUUCGUCACGCACCGCGCUCGCUCAAGGAGGAUGCAGUAGAGCUCCCGCGCCCUGAACCGCCUGCCAAGGUGGUGCCACCAGCAUCUGUGCCUCGCACAGCCAGUAUUGCGCGCACUUCACGCACGUCUCGCUCAACGCCGCAUGGCGCUGCGCCCGCUGUGAAAGGUGCGUAUGUGUCUGGGAACUCGCCGCCGCUUGGGUACCCGACCACGACGGUGACGCGUUCUGUGCCACCCGUGACGAUCACGUCGCCCGAGACUGAAGCUCGUCAAACGUGGACGCACGAGCCCUCUGAGCAUCGCGACGUGCCUGCGAAGCAGCCCGCGCCUGAACCUCGUAUGUCAGCGCCUGAGCCCCGCGCUGAAGCCCCCGCUUCUACGGAGCGUCCUCCGACAUUCGGCCGUGCGGCAGCGGUGCCAGACCGCGGUAUUCCAGGGCGCUCCGUGCCUGAGGCGCUUCGGCAUUCUUCGGUGGUGUAUGGCUACACGGGCGAGGCAUGGGACGAGCUGCUGGAUAUGGAGGUCGCAACGGCGUAUGUGAUGCGGAUCACGGCACGGAUUCGUGCGCUGGGUGUGGAUGUGCCGCAGCUUCUGAGCUCGAUGGCCGUAGACCUGUCUGCAUCCGAGACGCGGCGUCUGAUUCGCGCCGUGGUCGCGACGUUGCGCUCUCCGACCGCCGAGGCCGACAAAGCCUUUGAUGAAGAGCUGCAGUUUGCGAAUGUGCACAGCCUCGUGGCGCUUCUCAAGUGGGUCCUGGCCCGCAUCGGCACGGUGACAGCCGUGCGAUCGGGUAGUGAGACGCUCGUUAUGCGCCAGGAGCAUGGCUUCGUGCCGUGGAUGACGUAUACCAGCUGGCGGGCGCAGGAAGGCAAGGAUGGGUUCUCGACGCUGUCGUACCUCUUGCUGAUCCAGCGUCUCGAGAAGCGUACGGCGCGUCUGCUGGACGCGGUCAUGGACUUUUUGGCGCUUGUGGCGACGCACAGCGCCCAGAAUCAUAUGACGCCCAGCAAGGUCGGGCGGUACUUUGGCAUGCUGCUGUUUGGCGCGCCUGAGGACGCUAGCUUUGCGGAAACGUAUGCAGCCUUUGUGCGCGCGUCGAAUGCGACGGAGCACAUCUUGCUGGCGUUCAUGCGGUACCACGUCUCGAUGGCCAAGGCCCGGACGUACUUGCCCCGCCGUCUCCUGCGCUUGGUGGACGACUAUCCACGCAUGCUGUCGCCUGAUCUUGAUGCGGCGUCGGGUGCCGUUCGAACGGUGCCCGCGACGUAUGUGGCGCACCACGUCCGUGAAUACUCGCACGACCUCAUGGAUCGCCGUGCAUGGCCUGAUGUACUGGAGGGCUUUGACUUUGCGCACGACACGUGCAAGAUGCUGAAUAUCGUGCCGUACCGUGCGCGGCGACCGCGGUCUGAGGUGCCUACUGAGCUCGCGGACAGCUACGUGUCGACGCUCAUGCAGCGGUGGAAUGAGUUCUCGUUUGAGGGCUUUGAUGAUCUCGACACGACGUUCCUUUCUUUUGAUCUGCGAGAGAGUGAUCGCCGGCAGCGCAUGCAGCGCCCUGAGAGUGUGCCGUGGUUCCAGUUUGAAGAGCGCGGCUUCCACCAGAAUGCCGACGACAACACGCAGUGGGACUGGGUGAUGCGUCUCGAUGAGCCUUCGGAGCAAGCGCCCGUUCUCGUCCAGCAUGAAGGCGGCAUGCCCCGCAGUAGCUCGCACAUCUUCCAGGGCGAAGAGCUUCCGUUCCCGUACACGACCGAGCCACUGUUGGCCGAUACGGUCAUGGACGAGCUCUUCCCCGAGGUGUGGGCCGACUACCUCGUCGGCAAUGGCUGGAGCAACCGCGAUGAGCGUGUGCACCGCGAUGCGUCGUUUGCUGUGCUGCAGCUGACUCGGGACAGCCCGGCGUGGUACGUGCUGGAAGAAGUCGUCCCGCAGUCGUACCGCGAUACGCUCGAUCAAAUGGGCCGCACACGUCGGCACUCGAUUCCCAUGCUGCGCAAGCUCAAUCAGUUCCGCAUGGUGCGUGCUGGCCAGGCGCCUGAGUCGACCGUCUCGGUCGAGUUUCAUUUCACAUCUGACGCGGACGCGGUGCCCACGUCGUUCCCGACGCCUAAGCCGCCGCCACGCGACGAGGCGAGCGCUAUCGAAGCGUCUGAGGCGCUAGAGCAUGGCAAGGCGGGCCCCAUCGAAGCGUCUCAGCCACCAGAGUAUGACGAGGCUGGCCCCAUCGAAGCGUCCCAGCCACUAGCGCUUGGCGGGACAGGCGCUGCUGGAGCAAGGCAGGCAGGCGGGCAGGUACCCGCGCAGCCCGAGCCAGCCACCUAUGAGCGCGGCCAGGCCUCUCUUGCAAACCAGACGCAUCGUCACGCCGGCCCUGCGGAGCAUCCGACUCCCACAUCAGCCCAAGGCUCUCAGGCACGGCAGCUGUCUGAGCCCCCCGUAGGCGCUCCGUGGCAGAACGAGCGACCGCCGCCGACACCACCCAAGCGAGCCGAGCUUCCUUCGCGGCCGGCACCCAAAGCGCCCGCGCCAGAAGCCGCACCUGGUGAUCGGCCCAAGAUGGGCAAGCUGCGUCGCAUCCUCUCGUCCAUGGGCUCGCCACGCCGUCAGCAGGAUGGCACGAGUCCGCGCUCACUCUGGAGUCCCAUCUUCCACUCGCCACCACUAGAUGGUAGGGCGAGUCCACCCCAGGACAAGCCUGGCCUGGCCCAUACGAUCCGCAAGCGCUCAUCGCAGUGGAUCUUGCGUGGACGAAAGAGCAUGCGCGGCAUGCAUCCCUCUUCGCCGGACGAGACACGCACGUCCUCGGCGGUCGAGCAGCCGCCCAUUCGUGGAGACGCACCGCCUCUAGCGACAGCGCCUGCGGCUUCUUCGCCGGCCGCUGACGCGCUGGCGCCGCCUGAGCCCAUCUCGACGUACUCGCCGUCGGUGGUCGAUCACGGCCCAUUUUCUCAGCCGCGCUCUCGACACAGCUCGCCCGUCAUGCCAUCGCCGGAUAUGCAGCGGUUGUCCGAGGAACGGCGCCCAGCGACGAUGAUGAUCCCACGCAAGCAGACGCCUGCAAUUACACCUGAGCAGAUGGCCGCCAUGGAUGCCACGCCCGCCGACACACUCGAAGCCGAUGCGCAAGAGAGCCGGCCGGGUCAACCGACGUCUGACGCGCCCGAUGCACAGCAGGUUCCCUCGCUCACGCACGCAAACGUGCCUACCGUGCCGCUGCAUGACACCGUCGUCGAUGAGCUCCAGGAGACGCAGGAUCUUUUCGCGUCACACGAGCCUCAUGAGGCACAGACACCCGUGCUUCACAAGCCUCUGGUCGCGCAAGUCACUCCCGUCACGCAGGAGCCUCCCGUGGUGCAGGAACCGAGUGUCGCUCACAUCGAUCAUGCGGCGCACGUCCCUCGUGGUGCGUCUGCCAAGCUGCCGCCGGCUGUGCCUGGCGCCAUGUCGUCGCCUCCGAUUGUCGAGCCCGCUUCAUUCACGACGUCCCACACAAGCCCUGCCUCGUCCAUGCCCAACCCAUGGGCGUCUUCUGUCACGCGCAGGCCGAGUCGUACGAGUCCUCGCGACGCAGAGCCUGCGAUGUCAUGGACCCUGUCACCCGUGGCGUCCGGGCGGCCCACCAGCUCUGUGGGCUCGCACGUCGCAUCGCCAGACAGCCCUGACAUGUUUGACGAUGCACACAGCCAGCUGGAAACGCCGCCCCUUCCUUCUGCUGAGAUGAGCGUGCCGCAGCCCCGGAUGGACCGCGCUGGCGACGAAUACGUGCUGGGUGACAUUGCCGAAGAGACGGACGCUGAGGCCCAAGCACGUACGGACGCUGAGCCACUCGGCUUCUCAGCCGAAGAACCGAUUCUGCGCCACGACGCACUUGGCGCCAUGUACCUGCAAGCGACCGAUGACGCGGCUAUCACUGAAUCGACCCAUGCCGCGUUCCAGGAUGCCGCCGAGUCGCCACCACAGUCUACGCUCAAAGCAGCUGAGCCUGCGAGGCCCAUGCCCGCAUCGACGAAUCCAUUCACACGCUUCAGCGACAAUCAUCGCACAUGGGCCUCUCGCGACGGGCCAGCGUCCGUCGAAUCCGUUUGGGCUCCCACAUCAACGCACGAGGCACAGCUGCCCCCACAGGAGCUCCCUCCUCAGGCCGCGAUGGAGCCGACCGAGGCUCGCCAGGAGCCAGAGCCUGGCACGGUCGAGAGAUCCGCUGAUGUGCUCUUCGACCAGGCACCUGACGAGCGCGUGUCGCGCCAUGUCGAGCAGGAGCCUCUGCACGCCGCUGAGGAAGCACGUGUAGAGCAACGAGCCGCUGAGCCCCUCGUCCAUGACGCGGCGACGCCCAUGAUCCUCGACCAGGCGCCACGCGCCGUCGAGUCCACGCAGAGGGAAGGGCCGGCUUGCCACGGCGAAGAAGUCACUACGAACGACGAAACGCCUAGUAUGCCAGCCUCGCAUCCUAUGCCUGUAUCGCUCUCGUCAACGAGUAGCAAGCUGAACAACGCUUCACCGGCGGUACCAACAUCCCGGAUCCGAUUGGUAUCUACGGAGCCCGUAUCGCGGAACCUGAGCACAGGUGGCUUGGCAGCGCAGCAGCCAUCGGCGCGGUCCCACACUGUAUGGCGCGAGUCAGCGCCGCUCCACGAGCCACCAUCCGUCGCGAGCAGCGUGGCCAAGUCGCCAUCGGCCACGGAGCCGCCGAAACUCGCGGGCUUCUCGCGUCCCAGCUUUAGUGUGGAGGAUGUGAUCCUGCCCAAGAGUCAGUCGACGAUGUCAGCGUCCAAGGCAAGUGCGGCGCGCGGGUCGGACGAGCUUACCGAUACGGCUUUCCUGCGACACAUGGCAUCGGAAAAACGUACCCAAAGUGGCACGACCACCAUUGCGCGUGCCAAGGUAUCGCAGCAUGCGCCCGGUACGAAUCCACCAGGCUAUGCACCUGCGUAG